UCCAGUUUCCUCUCAUUUCAUCAUAUCUCCUUCCUUGGCUGUGCCCUUACCAAAGCCAAACCGAGAUCUUCACUGCAUAUGUGCCCAGAAUAUUGGCCUUUCUCAAUCUCUACUAAUUCGAUGGAUCCUGAAUUACUUUAUCUCUUUGAUCUUCUUCUGGUCUCUUAAUCUGAAUAUUCUCAUCAUCUGGUAUUCUGCAGCUCUUAUCGGUGACUCGGCUAGCAAGUUAGCCUGCUUUGCAUCUUUUUGGUACAGGUUCCUGUGCUCUGUGGUGCCGGUUUUUGGGGAUUGAGCGAAACAUGUGUUCAGUUUUCUUAUCCUGUUUCAGUGAAGUCCAACAUAUGAUCUGUAGUUCGAUGAUGAAUCAAGGGAAGAUGGCGGAUUGCUGGACAGAACAGAACAGAAUCAACCAACUUACCCCUAUCCCUUCAAAAGGAAUGAAUAAAUACAUAGAAUUAAAUUAAAUUAAAUAUACGAUGAUUUGAUGAAUUCUGCCCAAGAUGAUAUGGUGAAUUCUUUCAUGAUGAUUAGAUGAUGGUAGGUGAAUUCGAGCAUUUCAGGUGGUUACAAUGAGGAAGAGAAGGUUGAAGGGUGUUUUCCGACUGCAUUCUGGUGCAAGAAAGAGUUUUCAAGAGAAUUUAAGAAUCAGAAAAUGAAUUCAAAUAGAUGCAAUUCGUCGGUUUUCUCGAGCCUUUCACUGCACAUUCAGCUUUCCUCUUAAUAGUGGGUAGUGAUUUUCGUGGGGAUCAGCACCAAGGUGUAUCAAAUUUGGGCAGGGGAGAGUAUGAGGUUCACAAUUCUCAUGCUGAUGAUCUAAGCAGUUCAAAUGGGAUGAUUGGUUCUCAAAUUAAGACUUCAACUUCUGGGGAUUGUGAUCCUUUAGGAGCUGGAAAGAAGAAAACACACAGAAAGCACUCACACCAGGACCUCACUUGGAGCUCUUUUUGCAAGGCAGCCUCUGAAUGUUAUGAUUUUGACUUGGCAGCAAUUUACUCAGCCAGAAAGCCUGAUAAAUGGAAGAAGUUUCAGCUCUAGAGAUGCUGGUUGAAGCAGAUUGGGAAUCACAGCCGAAACUACCUGAAACCUUUCCAAGCAUCCGAGUCUGGAGAGGGACCAACCCCAUCGAUUGGCUUUUCUUCUGAACAAUCUGGAAAGCAGGAGGAAGCUGUGAUGGCUUCAUAUCCAGAGACCUCGGGAGCCUUCUUCUCUAGUCUUCAAAAAAAGAAUCCAGUGAGGACUUGAUUCAGGAAUGCACUUGCAGACUUUGGAUGAAGGCUUGUUGAGUUAUACAUUCAUUAGUUGCUUAAAAGCUGCGAAACAUACGAAAACAUGGAAGAUCAAAAUUCAACAUGAUUAGAUGGUUCUUGUCAAUCACUUGGUGCGAAACUGAUUGACUUAUUUUUAACGGACCCCAAGCAAAUGAAUGAUAUGAGAAACUGCAGUCAUCCAUCCUCCAAUUCUUGUGAUCCAAACUCUGCCUUAGAUUGAACAGUUGGAAAGUUCUACUACAAAUGGAGAUUUGUCGAUCAGAUAUCUCGAUGAAUAUGGAGCAGGCAUAAAAGCAGAAGCUUUUGAAGCAGAUUUGCUUUCUUGUAGAUGUCAUUCAGAAUCUCGUGGAUGGAGGCAUUCAUGGCAAUGUUUGCCUCUAUGAAUACGCUGACUAUACCAUCAAAACAAGAUUUCUUCCUGGCUGAAAUCCCAGAUGUUGGAGUUCUAAGUUCCUCUGGAAACAAGUGGUUUGUUGGUAAAUUAUAUCUUUGUGGCCAACAAGCGCAAGAACCUUGUCAAACCUCCUGGUUUCCUGCAGUCUUGCCUCGAGUGAAAGUGAUGAAGCAAGAGUGCCUACAAAAAGAAUAAAAUCAAAAUCGAGCAUUUCCUCCAUCUGCUGGGGGUUGAACCAAGAAAAGAGUACAAGCUAAACAAUGGCUGAGAUAUGCUUUGUGUUCUGCAACAAUUUUGGUGAAGGACGACUCAGAACCAGCCACCAGGACAACCAGGAACAAAUUCGUGAGUUUGGCAGACAAAUUUAAACCUUUGACAAACGAGGAGCACGAUAGACUCUUGAUGAAGUAUGCUCCUCAACUUUUGAAACUUAGACCGAAAGUGACUGAGGACAAUAGGGUGAUAAUUGAACGUGGAAAAAGGCUUGUUUUAACGGAUGGCUGGUGUAAGUGGAUGAACAGCAUCCCGUGUUCUGAAAGAGUUGAGUUAUGUGAUGUGAUGGCGAGGAAUCUGAUCUGUGUAUUGUCACCAGAACAAAAGGAUCUUCUUCCAGCAAAGAGAUGCAUCAAUGCCUUGAAUGUACCACCACAAGUUUUAUGGUGGCACCACCCCGAAGAGGGAUGUUUGAAGUGCAACGUGGAUGCAUCCUUGGACCAAGAAAAGGAUGUGGAAAAAGAUCAAUUGAAAAAUAUAAAGAACGAACAUGGCGUGGACAAUCAGAAUGGCUCCAAAAGAGAUGGGUACGUUGGAGGCCUGUUCAGAAAUUGGUUGGGCCACGUGAAGGGGGAUUUGUUUUUUGUCAUGGUUCCUGACAUGACGAAUACGCUUCAAACAGAAUUAAUAGCCAUUCGACUUGGGUUGGAGCAAUUCUUGCAACAAUUCUUGGAAGAUUUUGAUGAAAAACAAGAAUACACAAGACUGAUUAUAGAAUGCGAUAAUUUUAGAGCAGUAAGGAUUGCCAACCAUGGUCCAGAUGCUGUAAGGAUUGCCAAUCAUGGUCCACACACGGAUGGCAAUGUUCAUGAGCAUGGGCAGAUGUAUCUGAUAUAUCAGGAUGCCUAUGACAACAUUGUGGCAUUGAAGAAGCGUAUAGGAGAAGAAAUGUGUGUUGAAAUUGAGAUAGCACACUGUAAGCGAGAAGAAAAUAAGGCAGCUCAUCUGGUGGUUUCUAAAGGCGUAGAGGAGAAAAAGCUUGAAGCUUAUUUGAAGAAAUCAGCUGUUAAAUUUGCUGGAUUGAAUGAGAAUGAGGUUGAGUAUAUAAAGCAUAAGAUUAAAAAGAAAGCAUGGGAGAAAACGAUUGGGCUGUUAGCGAGAAGUAUAGCUAAAUGCAUCGAAGAUGAGGAAGUGCAAAAAAUUUACCACAUAGCAUUUUGAGCUUACGUGUUUAUGAGGGGGCUUAAUAGAGGUUUUAAAUUACUGCAUACUAUUUUGGAGGAGCUUCUGAGCUUAUUAGGUUUUAAAAUGUGUUUGUAAUUACUUUAAAAGAUAUUAUGGGAUAAAUUCUAAUGGCUUUUGUUAGAGUUAUCCUG